AUGACGGCGCAACGGCCCAGCGAAGCGAAAGAGAUUUGGAAGAGGCUGAGCAGCGUCGAAGAUUCGCUUGGGACCACUGUGCGACGGCCCAGGUGGAAGAAGAUCUUCAGAGACUUGGCUGAGGGGACCAGGCUGAAAGUUGCUGAAGAGAAGCAGCGACAAGAGAAGGAGGUCACUGGGAGGGACGAUGGGUUGACGGGCCUGGUGGAGAUCCUGGAGAAAGGCCGAAGAGAUCGCCUCAACAAUGGAUAUGACCAACAGAACGUUGGACUGCUUCCUCGCCUCGCGGAGCUCACCGGUGCACUGCUGGAUGACCACCGCUUUCUUCCCGGAGGCCGAACUGAAGCUUUGGCCAACCACCCAGACGGCAGAGUGCGUGAUCUCCAAUCCUUGGAACCGGUUUUGCUCAAUCGCUUGAUGACCGGGGGCCCACCGGUGUCGGGGCCUCUGGAUGUUGACUUGGUGGGGAUCCAAAGGUGGCAGACCGUCCUGUACGCAGCAGGCAUCAUGGCCGAUGACCAAAAGUUCGGAACGGGUUUUGCUUCUGCCGCCUUAGAGGGCAAAUUCAACUCUGAUAAGCUGGAGCCGCAGCUUCCUGGUGGAUGGAAGAAAAGGACCGCGGACGACCCGGUUCUUGCCAUUUCCAAUAGCUUCCCAGCAGACAUGCGACCAUGGGCUGUCGUGCCGUCCGAGGAGCACUGGUGCUAUCUCUGCAAUACCUUUGCAGCCAAGGACCCUGAUGGAAUCUGGUGGAUCUUUUCAUUUCUUCCAUUUCGCCUGCAGGGAGUGGCACAAGGGAUGUGUGAGGACUUGCGGGAGGCACGUCUGGAGGAGGCUUGUGCCGCAAGGCCCAGCCUGGCCGAGGACAUCCUGAAGCUCUGGCGCUUUGAGGCCGUACAGCGCCUCAAGCGUUGCCUAGCCAACACCCUGCCGGCCUUUUGGCAUCUGAUCUUGGAGCCCUGGGAAGACUCAAGGUCGGCCGAUGACCUGCAACUCUGGUUGGAUCGGCAGCUGCAACGGGCGCUACUGGAGGAACCUGCGCGGGUGCCGGAGCCCGAGUUGCCACAACCCGGCAGAGAUCCUUGGCUGAAGCCAUGGGGCAAAAAUCUGGAGACCAGUCUCGAUGCCUUCCAGAUCAUCAAGGAACACGGAGAUCGGCUCUGGAAAGACGGCAUGCGAUUUGAGGCCGGCAAGGUGAAGUGCGCAUGUACCAAGGAAGUGAAUUGGUGGGACAUUGGAACCUGGUUUUGCGAUCAUCCCCAUGUCAACACCAAUAACCACAAGAAGUGGCUGCGCAACACCGAAGAUCCACCCCCGACUGAAGAGAUGCCCUGGGAGAAAGCACGGCGACAACGAUGGCUUGCAUCCUUCGCGCCAGUCGCACCUGAGGCUGACCCUGCAGAACCCGCAACGCCGGAGCCAAAGCGUCGGCGAACGGAGGCGCAGGGAGGUGAGCCAGAAGCUGAGCCAGCCGAGGCCGAGGGCUCCGGUCCAAGCUGCAAAAGCAUGGCUCGCGCCGCGGAAUUUGCCCUGGAGCCGCCAACGGCCGCAGAGAUCGAGAGUGGCACCAGAGAAUGCUGUGAGAAACGUGGCUUUCCAAAACUGCAAGAACCCCUGUGCUACGGGUGGUCAUCCUUUAAGAAGAAUAAGAAGGAAGCUUGGCUGUUCUGCACCACGUGCAACGUCUGGUUGGGCGCCACCAGCCUCACCAUUGAGAGAGAGCGAUGGACGUAUCGUCUCGAUCCAGCGGAAGAUGCCCUUGGCGCCUGCGAACACUACAGCAGUGCCCAGAUGUACCUCGGACAGGUGGAAGACAACCGAGGCAUUGGUGCGGACCCCCCUGCAGGUCUGGCCGCGUUGGAGGAAGCGGAGUUGGCGGUCGACGCGCGAAAGGCUCGUGUGGCACUUGUUGGUGUUGAGAACUACAACAUCAACGACUUCAACAAGUUGCCUGGCUGGGAAAACAACAAGGUCAUGACCGACGGAGUGGGCAUGAUUGGCAAUAUCGUGGAUAUUCUCUAUGAUGGCGCAGAGAAUCUUCUGGCACUUUGUCCUGCGUGGACCAUCGGAACUGUGAAUGAUUUGAAGGAUUUGGCCGAGGUGAGAUGGGGAAAUUUGGUACUCGUCACCCUGGGUGUGUCUACGAUUGCCUUUGCCGACAUCAGCUUCCUGCUUUCCAUCGUUCUCCGUGGCUCCUGCCCGAAUACACCCACAGUGGCAGUGCAUCUAUUGGCGUUAUACUCGCUCUUCUUUUUUGGCACCUCCCUGAAUUUCGCCAUCUCGAGCAUGGCCCUGGAGUGGAAGAACAACGGAAACCCCUUCUAUGGGGCAACCGAUCCGCGUGCAAUUGAUUCAAGAUACUACGAAUCAGACUGCAGCGGCUACGGUGGUUGCAGUGGUAGCUAUUCGAGGCUAGCAGUGCCCGAGCAUGAUACCUGGUGCCCCACCGGCACUUCUCCUUUGCUGGAUACGGCCAACACUCUUCAGGUUGUGGGUCUGAUCCUUUUUGGGACGACUUGGGUGAUCCUUCUUCCAGGAUUGAUCUUCGCUGCUAUCUUCAGCAAGGGCCGCAUCUUCCGGUUGAUGGUUGUGGCUCCCGCUGCAGCUACUGCGCUGUACGGCUUGAUCAUAGGCGGAAUUCAGUUCCCACUCCUUCUGCCAUGGAUCUUUGGAUGCGCGCUGUGGCAAUACAUGCGCUUGCUGGUGAAUUGGAUUGCUGGUGUCAGUCAGACUGACAUUGACAAACAAUUUCGGGUAAACCCGGGGAGUGAUGUGAUCCGGGGUCGCCAAAACACUGAUGUGCAGGUCAUUGCAGGCUUGAGCCAGAGAACUGGAGGCAACUGGGGACACCAGCUGGGGAUGGGCACCAGGCACACAGACAGCCGCGAGGACAUCACUUCGGCGGAACUGCAGCUGGCGAAGCGUUGCCAUGGCGCACACAUUGAGAUGCUGCAGGAAGACAUCACUCAGGCUGGAUCUCACUAUUUGCUGAUCCACUAUGAUGUCCCAUAUCUGGACGCGCGCACCUUUGAGCUCAAGAUCACCGGUCUCGUUGAGAAGGAGCUUUCCAUGUCGUUGGCUGAGAUCAAGCGACGGCCAGCCAGUACGCAGGCCGUUUUGAUGGCCUGUGCUGGCACGGGUCGGAUGCACACCAAACACAGGUUCUGGACUCAUGUGCCUUGGGGUCCUGAUUCCUUUGGCUGUGCCAAGUGGACGGGCUGCAGUUUGGCGGACCUGCUGCGCGAGGCAGGCAUCAAAGAGGGUGCGAAGCAAGUUAUUUUUACAGGUGCAGACAAAGGUGUGGAGGCGGGCAAAGUCCAGUACUACCAGCGAUCUUUGAGUGUAGAGGAAGCCUUGAGAGGGCACGUGAUGUUAGUUUAUCAGAUGAAUGGGGAGGACCUGAAACCCGCGCACGGCUUCCCGCUGCGGAUCAUCGUGCCGGGAUGGUAUGGGAUGGCCUCAGUGAAAUGGUUGACCAACAUCGAGGUGGUGGAAGGUCCAUGGUGGGGCCAUCAAAUGGAGGCCUACUCCUUCCGUCGUGCUGCGCAAGACCCGGACCGCGUACCCUUGACCCAGCUGCCCGUGCGCGCGCUGAUGGCGCCCCCUGGGGUGCCAGACUUCUUCUCACGCGCGCGAGUGGUGGCGCCGGGGACGCACCGCAUUGUGGGGAAGGUCUGGGCUGGUGCUGUCAACAUCGAAUUAGUGGAGGUCUCCUGCGACUACGGGAAAACCUGGAACAAGGCAACACUUGAGGACAAGAAUGGGCUCUUUGGCUGGGCAAACUGGUUCUACGACUGGGAGACGCCGCAAGAAGGCACCUGCGUGUUGAUGUGCCGUGGCUUUGACCAAAAGGGUCGUAGCCAGGACGUGCCAAGCGAUGAGGCCUUCAAUUGGACGGGUAUGGGGGAUACCCAGCCUCAGAUGGUCUACGUCAGGAUUGACCCAAAUGUCCAGGAGACAGGCAAUACGAUCAACCUGGUCCCCGAGACCCGGGCUGCCAAGAAGACGUUGAACGUGAAGACCAAGGACGGCGCUCCCUUGGAUGCCUGCGCUUGUGAUGCUUUGUACCGGCAGAAGCUAACGGCCUCCUUCUUGGAAAUUCCGGAGGAGAAGGACACCUUGUUACGGAGUUGGAGGAGUGGUGAACACAGUGACUGGACUUUGACAGUUGGGGAGAGCACCUUCAAAGUGCACAAGGUCAUUGUGGCCACCGGUGAGCGUGCCAGCGCCUUUCUGGCUGCGGCCUUUCGCAAGCACUUGGGGGAUGUGGAAGAACACACCGACUUGACCAAGCUACUACCCAAGCAGUGCUGGCCGCACUUUGAGGCCGUGCUGGACUUCAUUUACUCUGACAAGUUGGAAAUCGAGGCAGAAAGCUGGGGUCCACUGGUGAAGAUGGCAGAUGUGUUGCAAAUGGGCACACUCUACACCAAAUGUGUGGAGGCCGGCAAUCAGUUUCUGUGCAACGAAGAUGCUGACAAACAUGCGCCCAGGUUAGCCAUGGACGCCGCGCGGCUACAGCUGGGCGGUCGGCUGCAGGACGAGGUGAUCCAGGUCGCUGUGGACUUGAUGGCGAGUUGCUUCAAGUCCAUCCAGACCACUGACCUAGUGAUGCAGCCCGUUGAGGUCCUGCAGCUGCUACUCCAGAGAGACGAUCUCGAGGUUGACCAUGAGGAUGCUGUCUUCGAUCUCCUGUUGGAGCUUUCCUCAAGACUUGAGAAGGCACAAAUGGAAUUGCUGUGGAGGUGCUGCCGAUUGCAGAGACUGUCUCCAAACAAAGUUUUAAAGAUUGCUGACAUUGAAGAGAUCCCCAAAGAAGCGUUGGUUUGGGCCUUGGCGAAUCGCCCUGCGGCGGUGAAUCUGGCACCACCGAGUUGGGCGAAUCCCUGGUCCCACGGCACUGCUUACCGCGGCCGCGAGAUCUUGUUCGUGAUUCCCAAUGCACGGGACUACGCUGCCAAGCGCUAUACGCGGAGCGAAAGCCAUCGCUUGUUGGACAAGUUCAGCUGGCGUCUCUUGAUCUUCCCCCACGGCACCGGAACAGAGUCCACCCCUGGGAAGACGACGGCCGCAUUUGUGGAACUGGUGCCGGAUGCGGACUUUGACGAAUGGACUGUAAAGGGCAUCAGGUAUUCCAUCACUGCAGUGAAUUGGAAGUCUCCGGAAAAGAACAUCACCAAAGACCACGAGUUUCAAUUCAGCCAUUUUGAGGUUGACAAUGGCUGGCACAGAGGCUUCGUGCCUGUCGAGGACAUGACUGAAGAACAGGGCUGGCUGAACGGCAAGGGAGAGCUCUGCUUCCGCGGCAACCUGUGCUGUCGCAGCGCUGAAGUGCAGAUUCAGGGCGGCUCCGCGGAGGGCGCUCAACUUACGGAGGUCCGAAUGGGGAAUUCGGCGCAUGGUUCCGAGGUGGCGGUCUGGGGCGGCCUGUGA